UUUCUCCAGUCGGCCUCCAAAGGUCCACCCAUAAAGGAAUAUAAACGCCCCGGCACCACGUAGGCCCGCCGGCUUAUCAAGAGCACAAAGUCCUUUACCCCUGUGUUUAGAGGACAACAACUCCCAUGAUCCUUUGCUUUGUGCUUGCUCCGUUGUUUAGGUUCCCUGUGCUUUGGCCCACAGCUCAGGUCAUAAGUCUGUGAACACAGACGUGUCCCACUGCCCCACCCUGCCUCCGUGUUCAUGUCUUCAUCCUGCCUCUGUUCAUGUCUUCACCCUGCCUCCGUGUUCAUGUCUUCAUCCUGCCUCUGUUCAUGUCUUCACCCUGCCUCUGUUCAUGUCUUCAUCCUGCCUCUGUUCAUGUCUUCACCCUGCCUCUGUUCAUGUCUUCACCCUGCCUCCGUGUUCAUGUCUUCAUCCUGCCUCUGUUCAUGUCUUCACCCUGCCUCCGUGUUGAUGUCUUCACCCCGCCUCUGUUCAUGUCUUCAUCCUGCCUCUGUUCAUGUCUUCACCCUGCCUCUGUUCAUGUCUUCACCCUGCCUCUGUUCAUGUCUUCACCCUACCUCCCUGUUCAUGUCUUCACCCUACCUCUCUGUUCAUGUCUUCAUCCUGCCUCUGUUCAUGUCUUCAUCCUGCCUCUGUUCAUGUCUUCAUCCUGCCUCUGUUCAUGUCUUCAUCCUGCCUCUGUUCAUGUCUUCAUCCUGCCUCUGUUCAUGUUAUCUUCCUGCCGCCCCUGCAUAUUUUUACCGGUUUUAUGGAGUGUUUUCAUGGAAGGCCAGGAGGAGCCUGGCUUGUUUGGCCCCGAUGCCGCACGCAGGGAGCCCUCCACCCCCAUUCGGAGGUCACCCCAGGGUGCCAGGGUCACGCAGAGGUCACCGUCUCCUCCCUCUGGUGUUUGGCUGGAGGCUGCAGCAGCUCUCUCUCGGAGUGCGGUCGGUUGUUCCAGAGCAGGCCCAGAUGUUCCCAGAUGUUCCCUCCCUGGAAGCGGCCCUGGGUCACUCCAGAGAGAAGGAGGGGACUUCCUCUGAGCUACGAGUUCCUCUGGGCCUCCAGCGCAGGGAGAAGAAGGGUUCAGCCUCACAUGGAGAUCAUCCCGGGCGCCCUGUCACUGUUGGUUUAGUGACCAGGCAGAUGAUCAGACCAGUACAGUGGAGGUCAGACCAGUACAGUGGAGGUCAGACCCAGUACAGUGGAGGUCAGAGGUCAGACCCAGUACAGUGGCGGUCAGACCAGUACAGUGGAGGUCAGACCAGUACAGUGGAGGUCAGGCCAGUACAGUGGAGGUCAGACCCAGUACAGUGGAGGUCAGAGGUCAGACCCAGUACAGUGGCGGUCAGACCAGUACAGUGGAGGUCAGACCAGUACAGUGGAGGUCAGACCAGUACAGUGGAGGUCAGACCAGUACAGUGGAGGUCCGACCCAGGCCUGCGUCCUUCCCUCCAGAGGAGCUCUCUGCUGUACCCCAGACCUGUGGGGGCCCAGGGCCGACCCACUGGUUUGUAGGUAGUGCUGCUGCUGGUGCUGCUGGUGUGUGCGUGUAAGGAGGUGGGCGGGGAUGGGGUCACCAUGAGACAGACCCGUGAAACCAUUUUGUUGUGCAAAAAUGUUAAACGCUUUUGAUUUGUCUCCUUCUGCAAGUGCACUUUUUUUUAUUUUAGUUCUGUCAAUAUGCUGUACCUAUAGAAUUGUAUAUUUUAUUUGAACUGUAAUAAAGGUGUUUGAUUGUA